AUGAGUGCCUCUGGAGACGACUCGUCCAUCGAUGGUCUGUCCAAUGGCUUCGACACCAUGCGAUUGCAAUGUCGGAUCAGCUCCGGUGUGUCGGAUGAGGUGGACGUGUUUGUGAUGUCCGAGUCGGGCAAACCUGUCUACUGUUACUCGAGACGCGAGGACUCGAUCACAUUGAUGGGCGUCUGUGUGGCACUGAUCCAUGUGGUGGACAGUGUCCACAGCGACACCGUUCGCCACAUUCAGACCACAUCCGGUCUUCGCAUCACUUUCUCUCAUAAGCCGCCACUCAUUAUAUGUCUCGUGUUUCGCGUCAACUCCGGCGUCGACUCAUCCAUACUUGUAAACCAAGUGAACGCACAGAUCGUAUCCAUACUGACGGCUAAGACACUGAAGUCGGUCUUUGAACAAAGACAGACCUUCGACUUAAAGAGAUUACUAUCAGGAAGCGAGAAACUGAUCGACACAUUGAUUGACGUCAUAUUGAAUCCAAUCGAUGCCAACAAAUGUGAUCAACAAAUGGCCAAAAGUCACAAAAAGGCGAAUCAAGUGAACGCAUACCUCACG